CCUUCAUCCAGCAGAGGAGUAAGAGCAAAGACAGAGACUGGCAGAGAAACCGAGUAUCCACUGAGGGCAAGGCUGCAGUCCCAGUCUCGAGGUGCUUUUUGCUGCUGUCCCUCACUCAGAUCAUCCAUAUAAUAUACCCUAGCAAGCAACAAGAAUGGAUGUCUUUAAGAAAGGUUUCUCCAUUGCUAAAGAAGGUGUGGUAGCUGCUGCAGAAAAGACCAAGCAGGGAGUGACAGAGGCUGCAGAGAAGACUAAAGAAGGGGUGAUGUAUGUAGGUACCAAAACCAAGGAAGGCGUAGUGCAAAGCGUGACCUCAGUUGCUGAGAAGACCAAAGAGCAGGCCAAUGUGGUGGGAGAAGCUGUAGUAGCCAGUGUGAACACAGUGGCAAACAAGACUGUAGAAGGAGCAGAGACCAUCGUGGCCACUACAGGAGUUGUAAAAAAG